AUGUCUACCAAAACGAGCCCCGCUGCACCCCCAGUGGUGAUGGAAUCGAUCACCCAGAAAAUCGGCAAUACGCCUCUAGUUCGCCUCAAUAAAGUGCCUCAAAGCCUGGGCAUCAAGGCUACCGUCUAUGCGAAGUUGGAGUAUUUCAAUGCCGGGGGCAGUGUGAAGGACCGAAUUGCACUGCGCAUGAUCGAGGAGGCAGAACGCAAGGGUAGGAUAAAGCCAGGAGAUACCCUAAUUGAGCCAACAAGCGGAAACACAGGUAUCGGGCUUGCUCUUGUUGCAGCAGUAAAAGGCUAUAAAACGAUAAUCACGCUCCCAGAAAAGAUGUCCGCCGAGAAAGUUUCCGUCCUGCGUGCUUUGAAUGCCACCAUCAUCAGAACGCCCACAGAGGCUAGCUCCGAUUCCCCAGAAUCACAUAUCGGUGUCGCAAAGAGAUUAGAAAAGGAACUACUAAAUGCUUAUAUCUUGAACCAGUAUGGAAAUGAAGAUAACCCUCUCGCGCAUGAGUUCGGCACAGCAGAAGAGAUAUGGGAGCAAACUGCAGGCAAUAUAAAAGCUGUGGUUGCUGGGGCGGGGACAGGUGGCACAAUCACUGGGGUUGCCCGUGGCCUUAGAAAGCAUAAUCCCAACGUCAUUGUCAUUGCGGUAGAUCCUUAUGGGUCAACACUCGCCUUGCCGGAAUCAUUAAAUCAGGAGCACAUGAACGAGCCGUACAAGGUUGAAGGUAUCGGCUAUGACUUCAUCCCUGAUGUGCUGGAUCAUGGAGUUAUUGACAAGUGGUAUAAGACGGGUGACAGAGAAUCGUUUCAGUAUGCUCGACAGCUGAUAGCUGAAGAGGGCCUUCUUGUUGGCGGCAGCAGUGGAAGUGCGAUUGCUGGUCUUGCCAAGGCAGCCAAGGACUACAAUUUUACGGAAGAUGAUGUUAUUGUUGUUAUUUUCCCGGAUAGUAUUCGAAGCUAUCUAAGCAAGUUUGCGGAUGACGACUGGCUUGCCGCGAAUGAUUUACUCCCCACAACUUGCCAAGAGACAGAAUCUGGGUCACCAGAUAUACAAGCGCGGGCGCCAAAGGAUCCAUUCUCGGGAGCAAAGGCCAAAGACCUAAGAUUGAAGCCAGUGACUACUGUCCUAUCAAAUUCCUCAUGCGAGGCAGCCAUCGAAAUCAUGAGAGAUAAAGGCUUCGAUCAAUUACCCGUACUAGCCCCUACCGGAAGGCGUUUGGUAGGUCUAGUCACUCUCGGAAAUCUCCUCAGUUGCCUGUCUCGUGGCAGGGCCACGGGCAGUAGCCCCGUCUCCGAUGUGAUGUUCAACUUCUCGAAAUUGUCAGAGGUAGUCACGGAUCCCAGAGACAUCAUGCGGGUUGCUCCAAAGCUUGUCCCGGACUCUGUGGAUGGAUCAGGAUGGGACGCGGGAAAGAGGCGUAAAUAUGUCGAAAUCACGCUAGAUACACCUCUCAGCGAACUGAAUCGGUUUUUCAAAUGGAAUAGCGCUGCGGUGGUUACGGAGAAGGGAGAAAAUGGACAAAUGAAGCCGGUGGCUGUGGCUACCAAGGUGGAUUUGUUGACUUGGUUGCUACACCGGAAAAACACGCAUCCAUGA